AUGAAGAACGGUUACGCUGUUGUCUUUGAAAAUGGCGUCAGUGCAUUUGAACUCCGCUGUCAUUUGUAGCUGAAGUGUCGUUUCGUGUCGCUUCCCAAUUCCAAAUUUGGAUGCGCGGCGACGUUCCCGCUCGAGCACUUCACAUUCGCAACAUAAAUAUGUGGCGAAGUAAACUCUUACAACUCGAGUCGGCUGCGUACUAAGGCCGCAGCUGCCCCGAUCUCGCGUAGGGAUUGUCAAGUGCUACGGCGGCCAUUGCAAGCUUGGCCUCGCUGAAGCGCCAUUCUGUUCUCCUGGUGCACCCAAGUGGAUGUGUGUCUUCACCAGCUUCAAAGUUAUUACAGCUCGGAAAUAUUAGGAAUUAAUAUCAGAAUUGCAUUUGUAAAUUGGACAUUUUGAAAUUGUCAAAGUUGUAGCUUCUUCCAAAUACACACACACACGUCUAGUAUGGCUUCUGUACCAGUGUACUGCUUAUGUCGCUUGCCAUAUGAUGUGACUCGCUUCAUGAUCGAGUGUGACAUUUGUCAAGACUGGUUCCAUGGAAGCUGUGUGGGAGUAGAGGAGGCGAAAGCGACAGAAAUAGACCUCUAUCACUGCCCCAACUGUCAGCUCAGUCAUGGACCGUCUGUCAUGCGUAAACGCCGCGGAGGCAACAAGCAGACAGAUGGAGCCGCCGCCAGCGUAAGAGACCCCAGCCGUUUGGUGAAGACGGGCAGCCCCCAGUUUGUGAGGGAGCUACGCAGUCGCACUUUUCCGAGUGCAGAUGAAGUCCUGCUGAAGCCGUCGGGGGCCCAACUGACGGUGGAGUUCCUUGAGGAGCAUUCCUUCAGCGUUCCCGUCAUGGUGCUGAGGCGAGACGGGCUCGGCAUGACUCUGCCGCCAGCAUCCUUCUGUGUCAGCGACGUCGAACACUACAUCGGUUCGGACAAGGAGAUCGACGUGAUUGACGUCUCUCGCCAAUGUGACCUGAAGAUGCGACUCGGUGACUUUGCCGAGUACUACAACAGCCCCAACAGAGACCGAGUGCUGAAUGUCAUCAGCCUGGAGUUCUCCGAAACCAGGCUUUCAAACCUGGUGGAGACUCCGAAGAUUGUGAGGAAACUGUCAUGGGUGGAGAACCUCUGGCCCGAGGAGUCUGUGUUUGAGCGGCCCAAUGUGCAGAAGUACUGCCUGAUGGGAGUGAAGGAUAGUUACACCGACUUUCACAUUGACUUUGGAGGCACCUCCGUCUGGUAUCACGUUUUACGGGGGGAGAAAAUAUUCUACCUAAUAUCUCCCACCCCAGCCAACCUGGCGCUUUUUGAGCGCUGGAAUUCCUCGUCCAAUCAGAACGAGAUGUUCUUCGGGGACCAGGUUGACAUGUGUUACAAGUGCUCUGUCAAACAAGGGAACACGUUGUUCAUUCCAACAGGAUGGAUUCAUUCGGUGCUGACUCCAGUGGACUGUCUGGCGUUUGGGGGCAAUUUUUUGCAUAGUCUCAAUAUUGACAUGCAGCUUCGGGCAUACGAAUUAGAGAAACGGUUGAGCACAGCAGACUUAUUCAAGUUUCCCAACUUUGAGACCGUGUGCUGGUAUGUUGGGAAGCACCUUCUUGAUACCUUCAGAGGUUUGAGAGAAAAUCGCAGGCACCCGGCCACUUACCUGGUUCAUGGCGCCAAAGCGUUGAACAAUGCCUUCCGCACUUGGACCAGGAAAGAGGCGCUGGGCGAUCAUGAAGUGGAAAUUCCAGAAACCAUCAAUACUCAGACACUGGUGAAGGACCUUGCUAAGGAGAUACGGCUGGUUGAGGACAUUUUCCAACAAAACAUUGGCCGCACCGGACCUCAAUUUCCUGGUUCGCCGCUCUCAAAAGCCCCCUCGACCGCCCCCUCGACCGCCUCCCAGAAUUCAGGUCGCCCCCCUGGAAAGAAGAAAGGCCUCAAGCCCAAGGACAUAAUUGUAGGCCUCGGGACACCAGGACCCAAGAAGAAGAAGACCCAAAAGGGUCUCCUUAAGACAGAAGCGGGAGAGUUAGACCUGCUUGAGAUCCAUACCAAGCACACGCUAAAAAGAAUCCAACCUGGCAAGUCCAAAAGCAAGAAGUUGGAGCUGCCUUUAGAGGACUUUGAAGGAAAAUUGAACAAAAGCAAGCUGAAACUUGUGCUGACCAAUGGGAAAAUCCAAGGCAAGAAAGCGGGCCGCAAUGGUGCGGGAGGAGCUGCCAACUACCAGCACCUUGCCGCCGAGGGUUCCAGUUUCUCUGACCUGGAUUCGGAGGAUGAGCUCCAAAUAGACGAGACCCCGCCCCCACGCCGCAAGCUUGCCGGAUCAAGCAAGAAGAAGAAAAUCAGCGGUCUUCCGAGGAAGCUUCCCAGAGCCAAGCCUUGCUCCGACCCAAAUCGUAUCCGGGAGCCAGGAGAGGUCGACUUUGACAUCGAGGAGGAUUACACCACGGAUGAAGAGGCGCUGGCUGCUCAUGGGGUGAAGGGUGGCGCAGGCGGCAUCCUGGACUUACUGAAGGCAAGCAAGCAGGUGGCAGGAUUGGACUCCUCAGCACUCAGCGAGGAAGCCCCAGCCUCUCCCAGUACCCGGGAUGCCAUCCAGGGCAUGCUCUCCAUGGCUAACCCACCUUCGUCGUCGUCCUCAUCGUCGUCGUCAUCCUCCUCCUCCUCCCCCUUGUCUAUUUCUGGAGGACUGACUGAAGGAUUGGCAAUAGUCAAGGGGAAAGGCAACCGGGCUGUGUGGGUGACCGGCGGGGUCAAAAAGACCUCCGAGAAAAAAGCUGUUAUCCAGCGGCCUGGAAAGCGGCCCAUUAAGCGUCCGGCCCGCCAUCUUAGCGAAGACGACAGCCCAGAUGAGCAGGAGACAUUGGGAACCUGUUUCAAAGAUUCAGAAUAUGUGUAUCCGUCAUUGGAGUCUGAUGAAGAGGACCAUGCUAACAAGGCUAAGAUGAAGCGCAAGAAAAACUGGGAUGACACACCUUGGAGCCCCAAAGCCCGGGUGAUGCCGACACUUCCAAAACAGGACCGACCGGCCAGAGAUGGAGCUCGAGUGGCGUCUGUGGAAACGGGCCUGGCAGCAGCCGCGGCCAAGCUGGCGCAGCAGGAGCAGCAAAAGCCUGCUAAAAGAAAGUACACCAAAAAAGUGCGUCCUCCUGUCCCUGUUGCGAGCCCGCCUCCAGUUCACGUGGAGCAAGCUCCGCCCUCGCCGCUGCACGUUUCGGAGUCGUCGCCGGACUUCAGCCCGCACAGAAGGAUGGAUUAUUAUUCCGCCAGUCUGCUGGAUCAUGAAUACACAGCAGGGCCGGGACCUUUCGGUCCUGGUGGCCCUAGAGGAGGCGGGGCUAUGGCCCCCGGCGUUUUCCUCUCUUCACGCCGACCUUCCUUGUCUCCGCAAAACAGCAGCUCGCUCCCCGGCACGUCGCCUUCGGGGCAAGCCGGUCAAGGCACGGCGGCACUCGGUCAAGGGAAACGUCCAAAGAAAGGACUUGCAACAGCAAAACAGAGACUUGGAAAAAUUUUGAAGAUUCAUCGCAACGGCAAACUGCUUUUGUGAUGGAAUCUGGAACUGCCGCUGAAUUCCCGAGUAGGAAUUCUUGCUGUGUGAAAAUAUUAUUGAAGGAGGUAACAAUAGUAAUCUAUAUUUUAUACUCGAAAGCUUGUUUACUAAAGUUUCCAGGUGUUUGUCUGACCAUCUCUUGGCUAACAUUUGCUAAGCUAAUUAGCAGCUUCUCGGUGUCACGAGCACACCUCUCGCUGUUUGGAAGGACGCGUAAAGUGGACAAUAACGACGAGGUUUUCCAAUCACAUUUUGAAAGGGAGCGAAAAUGAUGCGUCUUAGUUCAACUGUAAUUCCAAUGUAAGGCUUUCUUUUUUUCAAAAACCUAAUAUUUACCUCAAAUGACCUUCGGGUUUUUUAAUUGGACUUUUGAAUACAUCACUCAGUGUAGAAAUCACUGUUGCUUCUUAAACAUUUCAUUUGUAGAUUGUUCUACAAACCAGGAGAAUUAAGCAACAAUUGAUCAUGUACACUUAUAUUUAUUGCAAUUUAAUUUAUUUUCAAAGGCAACGUUUUGUCAACUUGAGCCUAUUUUGUGUUCUUUCCACCUGCCUUUGUCUCUGUCAUCCUUCUUGGUCCCCGCAGUACAAAAAUGCUAACCAUUCUUAUGUUGGAAAUCUUUUCAUAUUUUUACAUUUUGUUUGAGUUGUACAUAUGUAUGAUCUGUUAUGUGUAUAUAGCUAGAUUGGAAGAGCAAAGACAAAAAUGAUUUGCAGUGGAUAUAAAAACUGUUCAUUUAAAAUCAAAACUCCUAACUUUAAUUCUUUCUGGGUGAACAAUUAGCAGAAACAAUCUUGCUUAGUCAAUCCACCCCAAACAUUUGGUAAACAGUUGAUACGUGUCCUCUUCAGAUUUUGUGUGUUUUGCUCCGGUGAAAUCAUUUGCAAGUGACCAUUUAAUAAUUGAAGAACCGCCCACGCAUCAUCGUGGCUUUUUCAUUUGGUCCUUGUUUUUAUAUCCACUGUAAUUCCUGCUAGGCUUUAGUAUCCAUUCCGCAGAAUGUACGAGAAACAGAAUGUCUGCAGAAAUGUGGAUGUACCAAUUGAAAACCUGAAUGAUCAACUUGUGUAAAUAUAUGUUGUCAUUUUGUUUUUAUAGUGCAGAAACAUUGAAACCCUUCUUAUGGAUGUACAUGACACUGCUGUAUUUUUUAAAUAGUUGUUUUUAUAUUUGUAUACAGUAAUUGUUAUCUUUAGUUGUCUUGGCUGUGUAACAUUUGAAGAGUAGGGAGGAAAUGAAUUCCUUUUUGUUUCCUCCUGGUUUAGUUGAUUAUUAAUCAUCACAUAUUCACUUUUGUGUUUUGUGUACUGUUUUAAACAUGCUUUAUUUACCACAUGGAAAAGAAUUAUAACUAGAUUUUUUUCAAAUAUCAA